AUAUUAUAAUUGUAAUUGGGCACUUUAGCCGUGACAAGGUAGUAAGGUGUUAGGUACCUAACUUAAUUAUUAAAUAUUUUUAAUUUGCUCAUUAAUAUCUGAAAGUAAAAAAUUAUAGCUAUUAACCCACUGAAAAAUGAAAACGAAACGAAACGAAAUGAAACGUUUUGUCGAAAUGUAAGCUCUGUUACUUCAGAUAUUGUAGAUGAGAGAUGACACAUAAAUACAUUAAAUGUAUUUGUUAUUGUGUUCCGAAAAUAAAUAAGCAAAUAGCAGCUGCCAUUUUAAGUAAAGUGACAAAAACCCUGUUCACACCUUGAAAUCGAUUUACGUCACAAAAAUAAAUGAAAGCGUUUCGAAGGGAGCAUUCAACACAACACAAAGUAAAUAGAAAAACAUCCGUUACAUCCAGCUUCCAACAUUCGCACUAUUAUCUCGCGAGAACCAAUCCAAAAUGGAGAAUACACCGGUGCUCCCCUAUUGGUCCGCUCGCAUCAAGCCUGCCUCCUCUUCCACAAAGCUCCGCCUACCACAAACAAAAAACUUUCCAGAAUAACGACCAACCUUCCUGUGAGUGCACAUGUCCAGUCACAUCCCUAGUCCAAAACAAAAACCACUCAAUGAAAACCAGGUAGAACGAGCUUCAAAUACUAUUUCAUGGCACAAAAAACGUAUUAAAACUCUUAUCGUAGAUUUCGUUACGCCAAUAUUGAUAUUGAUUAGUCCAUCUCGCUUAAUCUGAACAAUUUUGACGGUGUUAGACAAGGACGGGGCAAGUCAGUUUUAGUGUGGUUAAGAAAAAUUAUGUGUUCACGUUCAGUGUUCGUCGGUACACCUGGCGUGCGGGCGCACGGUCGAUAGCGCACGGCGCGGCACUAGCCCGUUUUAAAAUUCGAACGCACCGAAUAUCGGGACGCCAAUCGCCGGUGCGAAUACUGUCUCACCCGUCGACGUAGUGAUGUGUGUGUAAAUAUCGACAUCGAUAGCGGUGAUCGUGACAAACAUGAUGACUAUGGACAUCGGGAUGUACAACAACCAGCAGAAUUAUGGCAGCGCCGAGUUUUACCAGCAGGGGGCAGCGUAUCAGCCGCCGUACGAGGGAUACCACGAGGGGUACUAUGAGCCUCCGACUCACUACUACGAGCCGUUGCUGCACUCGCAGCCGGGACAUGAGCCCCCACCUCCCGUCAUCAGUACCGAUACAGGUCUAUGCUACACAAACCUAGACUACGGCGAACUACAGCAGAAUUACCAGUUGCAUCCAAUUCAGCAUCACCCGGAGCCAUUCAAACAUAGAGAGGAAGUUCGCCACGAGGACAUGCACCUUCACGAGCAUAAAAUAGACAACCAUUAUUUAGAGACAAAGUAUAACAUGCACUUCGUUGACGAAGGAUCGAUGGCGUUCAAUCCAGCUUCUCCGAUGGCUUGCGGGGAGUUCGAUUACCAGCCAAAAGACGAGUUCGGCGGGUUGCGGGAGUUCCGUGAAGAUUGUGGUGGCCCACACCUCCCGACCACGGGGCUGCAGCAUCCGCCGACGCACUCCGCCGUGCCCACCUACAAAUGGAUGCAAGUCAAGAGGAAUGUUCCUAAACCUUCAGCGCCAAAGCUGAUGAUUCCCCCGGCGGAGUUCGUCGCCCAGGGCGUCAUGGGCAGUCCGCAAGAAGGCAUGCGCACUCCCAACGGCAGCCAGAUGCUACCCAACUCCCUGCUCAACCUCAAUAACACCGGCCGCACCAACUUCACCAACAAACAACUCACAGAACUAGAAAAAGAAUUCCACUUCAAUAAGUACCUCACUAGAGCGAGGAGGAUAGAGAUAGCCUCCGCCUUGCAACUGAAUGAGACCCAAGUCAAAAUAUGGUUCCAGAAUAGACGCAUGAAACAGAAGAAGAGAAUCAAGGAAGGACUAAUCGUGGCCCCCGAGGUCCAAGCAGCAGUUUCGUCUGAUGUUGUUGGAUCCAGUGAGAACAGUCGAGAAUCAAGUUAAAACGUGAAAUUGAGAGACCAUUACUAGUUUUGUUAGUGUUGAAGUGGAGAAAUUUUAUCUAUUUAAGACUUUGUACAGAGCUUCCUUGUAUUUAAUUGUAGGUUGUGUAAAAUACUAAGUACCUAAUGUUCUAUUCCACGCUCAUCAAUAUUGUAUUAACAAAUAUUUUAAAUAAUUCAGCGUCAUUCUUAAGCCUUCAACUCCUGCCGUCGAGAUAUCGGCAGAAAAUCUUCCUCUUGCCUCGCCGUCAAUUUAAUACCUAUAGAUAUAGCACCGCACAAGCGAUUUCAUAUAGGUAAUAUAAAUAAGUAUAUUACAUCAAAAAUCAAAGAUGUCUGAGAAUUAGAGCUUUUUGACUUUUCGAGGUGCUUGGAGUUGAGGGGUUAAAUACGAAAGCAGUGUUAAUUUAUGCCGACAACUAAUAUAGUGAACAAGUUUCCUGCAUUACAAUCGUUUCGUGGAACUUAUUAUAUUCUACUUAUAUGAUCAAGAGCAAUAAAAACUGAUAACAUCAUUACAAAAUUUUACAAUAUUAAAAAUAUAACUAGGUAAUAUCAGUUUAUUAUUUUACUAAAACACUUAAAAUAAAUUCUGAAAAAAAAGUUUUUAUUACACACCCAAAAGAAUGCAGAGGGUAUUCUAGUAAAAUAAUAAACUGAUAUUACCUAUUCUCUGUACCUACUUGUUUAUACAUAGGAGAAUAAAAUAAAUAAAUUAAUGAAUUACAUAAAUAGGUAUAUAUUUCUGAUUAUUGGUUAGAUUACCUCUAAAACAGCACAAAGAUCGUACACUUCAUAAGUGACAACAACGAGAUGGCACAGUUAAAGUUUUAUAAUUGGUAGACCAAUGAAUCUUUAAUCAUGUCCUUCCUUAGUAUCCCAUGUGCCCGUGUCGGAUUGACUUAGUCCAUAUUGUUAAUGAAUGAAAAACCAAUGCUUAACUGUCAGCGUACAACACGAGAGGUUGGUAGUUUUAAAAGUCUUAUAUGUAACAUUUAGGUAUUUUAGAAACAAAAUCUAACGACAAAAUACUUCAACGAAUUUUGCUACAGUACCGCUAAUUAAUUAAACCAUUCUUUAUGUACUACUAACUAUCAUAACCAGCAUUCGCGGCGUAACAAAAUUGGCCUAAAUAAUAUUUUAAUAACUGUACUUUUGUAAAUUGUACUUAUGAAAAAAUAUAUCACGUAUUUGGUGUUAAAAAUACAGUAUCAUACAAUUUUAAAAAUACUACACUAUAUUCACCACUAUCAACAUUAUGUACGUAGUUACAUUUCGGACCGUGUUUAGCUGAACAUUUGAUUAUUUAAUUAUUCAUUUUACCUAGAUAUUUUUGUACAUAAAAAGUUUAGUUCAGGGGUUUACAUUACACAUAAAUAGACUACUGAUACGAUGUUCGUACCUAUUAACCCUUUUGGAACCUUUCAAUUCGAUUGAGAUAAUACCUAUGUCUAAGCAUAUUUGCCCGCGCACGUAAUUAUAAAAAAAUCUAACUUUACAGUCAUCUCUACUAACUAUUUCGUAUCCUUUGUAGCUAGAUUUCAUGUAACAGACAGCUGCAACGCUCAAUUAAUGAAUUAUUUUUUAAUGUGACCCCUUACUUAAAGAUAGGUUACCUAUAUGUAGGUACUCUAAUAUGAACUCAUUUGUUGCGCAGAAGUUCCGUUCUCGUUUUUUUAUACACCUGUACGAGUUGGUAAGACAUUAUUUUUUAAGAUUUUGUGUGAUGUUAGUUUUUUUACUGUCAAGUAAGCCUUAGUUGUCUUAUUUAAACCAUUGUACUGAAACCUAAACUUUUUAGGCUGAAAGUGUUUAGUGUAUUCGUUUUCAGAAUGUCAGGCAUUAAAAAAUAUAUAGGAAAAGUGAUAUUAAAAUGAGCCACCCUUUCAUAUGACUCGCCGUGGAACAUACAUUUAUUGAGUACCUAUGUAGCGUAUAGACGUAUGAUAAACGCGGUUAACGCCUAAUGGAUCCGAGAAUACGUCCCUUUUAUCUCCGUUCGAUUAAAAGAGAUGUAUUUACGCUUUACAUACGCUAUAAUCGCGUCUUUAAGUCUUUCUACAGGUAAUUCGCUCAAGCAUAAGAUGAUUUAAGGAUCCUUCAGCUGUAGAUAAUGGAAGGUCGCCUCAAUGAGAGAACUGCUGAUAUUGCCAACGUUGCGUUUUAUCAAAGGCUUGUAACAGGUUAAAAAUUUCCAAGCCUUUGAUAAAAUGCAACCAUGCAAAUUACAGUUAAUUGCCGUUUGUUUCUUUUUGUAACAAAGACGGUAGUUGAAAAGGAAGGCAAACAAGGAUUAAAGGUUACAAGCGGUUAUAAAACGCAAUCCUGAAAGAACAACGCCUGGAAUACUUACUACUCUAUUGUAAGGAAAUAGAGGUAUUCGAUAUUUCCAACUUCAUUCUUAUGGUAGUACAAUAUAUUUGUUGGCGACGAAGAUACGGCGAAAUACGAUGAACAAGUGUGUAUGUACCUACCCUCGACAGAAUAAAACCUUGGGCCAACGUCGAAUGGAACCAUGGCAUAUUUAUUAGUUAUUACUAGCGAAUGAUCGUUUCAAUUUAAUUCAUAAUGUCAUUUUGGUAUGGCUUUAUGGUGGCCUACGGUGCCGUUUAGUUGAUUGUAGAUAAUUAUAAUGAAGUAGGUAUGUAUGGUAUGUCUACAAGAUAGGUUCAUUAUGUGGUUAAACGAACAAAAAUCAUUUAUUUGUUUAUUUAUCAAAAAUCAAAUGUGUCAUAUUUUUUUAUCUAUUUUUUAUUACCCUUUACAUAAGACCAAAGCUCAUUUUUUGUUAUAAUUAAUUUAUUACUUACAGCUUAUAUGUAAUUAAAAUGUACAGCCAACUUGGUAUACUAAUAUAAUAAUUGCGUGUUAGGUCGGUUUGUGUGUACAUUUGUUAAGCUAGUACCUAAUACUUUAUCAAUAAAUUAAUUGUAACUAUUUUCA